CCGAAUGCUAUUUUUUUAUUAUAAAUAAAUUCUAUUUCUUCCUCACAUUAAGUUUUAAUGCAUGUUUGUUUUGAAAUUUUUGGUUUUGUAUUUGAUACAUUUCUUCCUUUUUCCCAGUUAAUCAAGAAAUUCUGAGACAUGCCAAUAACAUAAACAUGUACAUAUUUGACGACUUAAACAUAGAAGUAUUUUAAAACAUAAAUUAAAAUUUAUUCAUAAAUAAACAAUGUUUCUUGAGUAAAAAAAACGUAAUAAUAACUGAAAUGUAUUAAAAAAAAAAGUAAACAGUUUAUUUCCUUUUUUUUGUGCACUGUAAACAAUUUACAGACUCAAAUUGGCAUUAAUUGGUUUCCUUGAUUCAACACACCAUCAAAGGACUGACUCAGCUCUGAGUCACACACACACGAGUUGGAAUCUGAGUUUACCAACAUUUUACCAUUACACAGUAAGACUAACCUUUUCAUAUCUCUCUCUCGGUGUAGUUUUAUUAGUUGGCUCUUUCUUUGAACAACUUCUAUUUCGAUUCGAGGAUCUGCUCGAAAACAAAGGAAGGGGAAAAUGGAUCAUUCAUCAAAUAGAUUUGGUGGCAAUGGAGUUGAAUCCAUUCUAGCAAACUACAAGCUUGGUAAAACCCUUGGCAUCGGAUCUUUCGGCAAAGUUAAAAUAGCUGAGCACGUCGUCACUGGCCACAAGGUUGCUAUCAAGAUCCUCAAUCGCCGCAAGAUCAAGAACAUGGACAUGGAAGAGAAAGUGAGGAGGGAGAUAAAAAUUCUGAGAUUGUUUAUGCAUCAUCAUAUCAUUCGGCAGUAUGAAGUCAUAGAGACCCUAAGUGACAUUUACGUUGUUAUGGAGUAUGUCAAGUCCGGAGAGCUCUUUGAUUACAUUGUAGAGAAAGGCAGGUUACAAGAGGAGGAGGCUCGUAACUUUUUCCAGCAGAUAAUAUCUGGUGUGGAGUAUUGCCAUCGCAAUAUGGUUGUCCAUAGAGACCUCAAGCCUGAGAAUUUGCUGUUGGACUCGAGGUGCAAUAUCAAGAUUGCAGAUUUUGGACUGAGUAAUGUCAUGAGAGAUGGUCAUUUUCUGAAAACGAGCUGUGGAAGCCCCAACUACGCUGCUCCUGAGGUUAUAUCAGGAAAAUUAUACGCUGGACCUGAAGUAGAUGUAUGGAGUUGCGGAGUGAUAUUGUAUGCUCUACUCUGUGGUACUCUUCCAUUUGAUGAUGAAAACAUUCCCAACCUUUUCAAGAAGAUUAAGGGUGGUAUUUACACUCUUCCAAGUCAUUUAUCACCUGAUGCUAGAGACCUGAUCCCAAGGAUGCUUGUAGUUGACCCAGUGAAACGAAUCACCAUUCCUGAGAUCCGUCAACACCGUUGGUUCCAGACUCAUCUUCCUCGUUACCUUGCUGUUGCUCCACCAGACACUGUAGAGCAGGCCAAAAAGAUCAACGAGGAGAUAGUUCAAGAAGUGGUUAACAUGGGAUUUGACAGAAACCAGGUUAUGGAAUCUCUUAGCAACAGAGUACAAAACGAUGCUACUGUUACGUACUACUUGUUACUGGACAACCGGUUCCGUGUUCCAAGUGGCUAUCUUGAAUCCGAGUUUCAAGAGACAACAGACAGUGGUUCCAAUCCUAUGCGCUCAGCUGAAGCGGCUGCUUCACCUGUAGGCCACUGGGUUCCUUCACCUAUGGAUCAGUACGGAUUGGGAGGAAGAUCACAAGUCCCAAGUGACUGUAAAUGGGCUCUUGGACUUCAGUCCCAAGCGCAUCCUCGUGAGAUCAUGAACGAAGUACUGAAAGCUCUUCAAGAACUCAAUGUGUGUUGGAAGAAGAUUGGUCACUACAACAUGAAAUGCCGAUGGGUUCCUUGUUUUGCUGAUGGUCUGAAUACUAGGGACAACAAUCAGCUGCACUUUGGAGAUGAUUCCAGCAUCAUUGAAGAUGACUGUGCCAUGACCUCACCCACCGUCAUCAAAUUUGAACUUCAGCUAUACAAAGCUCGGGAAGAGAAGUACUUGCUGGAUAUACAGAGAGUUAACGGUCCUCAGUUUCUCUUCCUGGGUCUAUGUGCAGCCUUUCUUACCAAGCUCCGUGUGAUCUGAGAGCUUUUAACCAUUUGUUCAAGACAUUUGUUUCCACGGUUUGUAAUAGUAGAGAAGAUAGUGUAAGAUGUGGGUGCAGUGUUUACUCUGCCGGGUUGCUAUUAUAUACCUGGAUUCGAAGCUAAAACUCUAUUGUAAUAGUAAUUAUCUUUUUUUCCAUUUUUGAUGGUUUCUAAGGUUUGAUCAUGUGUACAUAAAACUUAGAUGUUCACAAUACACUCAGAUUCUUAACUCUUGGCUACAAACUCGUUUUACCA